AUGGCUGUGAGUGAAGGUCUACUGCUGCUGCUGCUGCUGUCCCCUCGGCUCGCCGCUGAGGUGGUGAGAGAAGGAGCAGAGGUGACAUUACAUUGUCCAGGAGACCGACUGCCACAGUCACAGUGCAGCGAGACCAGCUGGGUAUUCAGUCAUGGUCCAAUUGAAGAACUCUUCACACAGGAACAGUCCGGCUCUGGAGUGUCCCCAGCUCCGUCCAGUCGUCUGAGUCUCACUGAGGACUGUGGGCUGAACAUUAAACAUGCUCUCCCUGAAGAUGGUGGAGAAUAUUACUGUUCUUUGGACUACACUGAUUAUACUUCUGGCAUGUCUCUGUCUGUGGUCAAAUUAAAAGAGACAGGAGAACCAACUCCACAAGUGACCCCCUCUGGAGGAGCCUCAAGCUCUGGUCUCAUGGUGCGGUAUGUUGUGGUCUGUGUUCUGCUGACCGCUCUGCUGCUCAGUGUGACCAUCAUCGCUGUCCACAAAUCCGGACGAAGAGUUCAGAACACCGAGAUUGAGGAGGCUGCUCUCCAUCUGUCUGUCGGUCCCUCUCUGACCCGAGCCGCUGAAAGCCUUCGGUGCUUCCCUCCCGUCGUUUCCAAACUCUAUAUUUCUGCCUCUCUCUCCUCUCCUCCCUCCCCCUCCUCCCCCUCCUCCCCCUCCUCUGACUUUGCCCUCAGCCGUCUUGGCGUCCCAACUGUAGAGUCCAGCAUAAACAACAGAGGCAUCGACGUCAUCCAGUCAUAUGGCUCCCAGUCCUUUCGGGUUGAUUGCCGCCAGCCAUUGUCGUCCUCUGUCUUCAUCACGAGCAGUGAAAUGGGUUGUUUUGGUCAACUCUCCAAAGGCUCGCAGUUGACUCCAGAUGUUGAGUUUGACAGAAAUGUAAUUCUACAACAAUUUGGCGUCAACGAACAGUCCCAUCGUCUGGAGGGGCUUCGCCGCGGACCCGGCCCAGGAAGGGUGGCCUCCCCAGCCUCUGGCAUGGUCUUCUCCUCGCGUGUUUGA